AUGGAAGUCAAAACAACCAACGAAUGUCUUCGAUUUAUAAUCAUCUUAGGCCAGUGCUUUUUCAUUUUUCCAAUAUCCGGAAUUUCAAGAUUUGUCAAUAAUUUAAAUAAUUUCUGUCGUGCCAUAUUUGAGCAUGUGUUCCUGGUAAUUCCUUACAACAUUCCAACUGCCAUAGUAUGGCUGGUAAUAAAUUGACAACACAAAGUUUUCAUUUAAAUUAAAUUCAACUUGCUUCAGUGCUUCAAUUUCACCAACACCCUCAUAUGGAACUACUUGGACCUCUUCAUUAUAAUCAUAAGCAUCUGCAUUUCGAUCAGAUUCCAACAAAUCAUAGCCAAAAUUAAAUUCAUGAUACAGCAAAAACAACUUUUACAAACUAUGCUGUCAUCGCAAUUUAAAAAGACUUUAGAACUGGUCUACUUUGCAUAUUCCUUUGGGUUCCUGAUUUGUCGUACCUGCAGCGUACUGAUGUUUGCUGCCACAGUCGACAGUGAUGCCAAAGAGACUUCCGACAUUUUACACAACAUACCCAACGAUAUUUACAACACAGAAGUAAAUAGUUUAAAAAUACCAAAUCACCCCCAAAGUACCAAAGGUUCAAUUUCAGAUUCAGAGGCUUAUUACUGA